CGGUUACAAUUCCAAUCGGAUGAGUAAACACAAUACAAUUAUUAAUAGAGCUUCAGGAAAACAAAGAUCAACAUUUUUUACACAGUUUUGUCAAAUUAAUGUAAUAUUUUUUUCAAUUUUAAAACCAAUAUUACUGUAAAAUUUUGGUUUGAGAUAAGUGUAAAAUUUAAAAAACAGCUAUAAGGAAUUAUUUUUAUUAAAUUAUAAUGCAGAGUUUAAUUUUAAUUUUUGCAAUAACUAUUUCUUUGGGAAUAUGUGAAAGAAAGUUAAAUGUUGAAUAUAAUCCAGGUUGUCCUUUAUCAUACCCAGAAAAUUGUUCACAAUUAUUGAAACUUGCCUAUGUCCGAGCUGAUGGUGCUAAUGACACAAUUCAUUUUAUAUUUGGUUUUACAUAUAAACCAUCAUUGAUUAUUUCUAAGACUAAUAAAAAUUCUGAAAUUAAAAUUAAUUAUGACGAGUUGAAAUCUAACACAGCAAAUACAAUUUUAUUUUCAGAAGUUCCUUUAUAUACUUUUGCUACGGUUUUUAAUAAUUUGUAUGAGUAUGUAGAUGUAAAUGAUACAGCACGCCUUGAAAAUGGAUCAAAUUUUCUUACCAUGGAUUUUAGAAAAUUUCAAAAUUGGACUGUUAAUCUAAUGGAAAAUGAUAAUAAUGAGACUGUGCAUGUUAAAAUAUCAUCUAAUUUAUAUCGUGAUGUUGGUAUAACCAAGCGUGGAAAUGUUUCAAUUACAUUAAAAGUUUAUGCAAAAGAAGAUAAAGGACUAAUGUUUCCUCAUUUAAUACAUACACCUGAAUCUAGUGAAUUAACACUUACUCUUGAUCACUUAACAUUAAAUAAUCCUAAAUCACGUUAUGCAGUAGAACUACUUACUCUUAGUUCAUACCCCUACAAUGCAACUGAAAAAAUGACCCUUAAGACUUUCAAUGAUGACAGCAGUUCUGGUGGUGUGUUUUCGAGUUAUUUAAUUGAUGCUAAAGGAGAAGAUUUGGAAGGAGGUGGUUAUUUGACUUGGAAACCAGUGGUUUUUAAAGCUUAUGAUACACAUGCAUUUAAUUCAUCAUCUACUACACAAUAUAGUAUUGAAGAUCAUUCAAAUCAAACUGAUUGGAUCAAGUCAACAUUGUUUAAUUUAUUUGGUAAUCAAUUGUUUGAACAACAAUUUAUGAUGAAAGCUUUAAAUAUUUCAUUUGGAGAACCUAAUGAUGGAUUUUAUUCCAAGUCAAAUUAUCUUUAUUGGACAUUUUUGGCAGGAGUUGGUGCACCACCUAAUGGAGGGUUGGGUUUUUUUGAAGUUUCAAUUAUAGCUAGUCUUCUAUUACUGUUGACUAUUACCAUGAUCUUGGUAUUUUGUGUAUUCACUCGUUGGAUAUCUAGUAAACGGCAAUUAAUAAUUUAUGGGCAAUAAGUAUCCAUGACUGUCUUUAAAAAUUAUUAGUAAAUGUAUAAAGUUUCAUAUUAAUAUGUAUUAAUUUAGGUAUAAUUUUCUAAUUUAUUGUUUUGCUUCAUAAUAAUGAGCUAGUCCUAUAAAUUUAAGACAUUGUUGACAAAUAUGUGAUUUUUUUAUGGUACUAAAUCAUUCCUAACUAACAAUUCUAAAUUACUUGUGACAGGUGAUCAUUAUCAUAGUUUAUCCUUUAAAUGCCUUAAUAAUAAAAAAAAUUUAAGUUUUCCAUUAUUACACUUGUAAAAGUAACAAUUUCUUUUUUUUUUUAAUUUUUUAAUAUAUAAUUGCUUAUUGUUAGUAAUUUUAAAUUGUAUGAAAGAUAAAUAUUUGUUAAUAAUUUGACCCACAUAUAUAUUUAUUUAAUUAUUCUAAUAAUUAAUAACUAUUUAAUUUGCCUAAGUUUAUCAAAUUAUUAUAGUUAUUAAUGUGUUAAGAACUACACUGUCUCCUUAAUAGUGAUUUCCUAAUUUUUUGUUAGGUCAUACACCUUUGAUUAAA